AUGGGAGCUUGGAUAUUGUUCCGUCUCAUGGUGAUUUGUUGGUUCUUUUUGUCAUUACCUCAAACAUGCCUAUCAAGUAUUCAAAAAAUUGGCAAAGUGAACCCCGGGUUCAAAGGGUCCCAAAUGCAAUUCAUCGACAACGGGGGCUUGUUCCUUUUAUCGAACAACAGUGAUUUCGGAUUUGGUUUCAAGGCCAACACCGAUAUCACUUCAUUCACUGUUGUUAUCGUUCACAUUUCCAGUUCAAGGAUCAUUUGGUCUGCAAAUAGAGGCUCUCCAGUUGCCAAUUCUGAUAGCUUUGUGUUUGAUGAUGUUGGCAAUGCUUAUAUUCAAAGCAAUGGGAAAGUUAUUUGGUCAACAAGCACCGCCGGAAAAGGGGUUUCCGCCAUGGAAUUACUUGAUUCCGGCAACUUGGUUCUGGUUGGUGUUGAUGGUGUUAUUGUUUGGCAAAGUUUUAGCCAUCCAACAAACACCCUUAUGCCAAAUCAAGAUUUCAGUGCAGGGUUGAGGCUUGUAAGCGAUCCCAAAAACAAUUUGACGUUUUCUUUAGAAAUCAAAUCUGGAGACUUGAUUUUAUCCGCCGGAUUCCGAAACCCUCAACCGUAUUGGGCUAUGGGGAAGGACAAAAGGAGGAUCAUCAACAAAGAUGGUGGAAAUCUCAACUCUGCAACCAUUGAUGGCAAUUCAUGGAGGUUUUUUGAUCAAAACAAAGUCUUUCUAUGGCAAUUUGUGUUUGCAGAUGGUGUUGAUGGUAACACCACCUGGGCUGCAGUUUUAGAAGAAGAUGGCUUCAUUAGAUUCUAUAAUCUCCCAGUGAAAACCUCCGGAAAUCUAGUAAUACCCGAUGAUCAAUGUGGUACGCCUCAAUCUUGUUCGCCUUAUCUCGUUUGUCACGAUGGAAAAACAUGUCAAUGCCCAUCUGGACUCAAUGAAAUGAACUGCAAACCGAGCGUUGUUUCUUGUAGGACGGUGAAAGAGCAAGUGACUCUUGUGAAUGCCGGUGAGAAUCUGAGCUAUUCGGCUCUUGGGUACGUCCCAUCCUCUUUGAAAACCACUUUAGAUGGCUGCAAAUCCGCCUGUUUAGGUAACUGUUCUUGCCAGGUUAUGUUCUUUGAUAACAAAUCUGGGAAUUGUUAUCUGUUUGAUCAGAUUGGAAGCUUUGUAGACGCUAAAAAUGGCGUCAGUUUCGAAUCAUACGUCAGGAUUUCGCAUUCUUCAGGUGGAAAAGGAAAUAAACAGGUCACAGGAAUCGUGAUCGCAAUCGUUAUCGCUACAAUGCUUGUCAUUCUUAGCCUUGUGUUCAUUGGGGUUCGUUGGUUCAAGAAAAAGAACAAUGAUUCGGAAGAACGGCACGAUGAAACAUCAGAGGAGGAUAAUUUCUUAGAGAGUCUAUCCGGGAUGCCAGUUCGUUUUAAUUACAUAGAUCUUCAACAAGCUACGGAAAACUUCAAUAAGAAGCUCGGCCAAGGAGGGUUCGGGUCGGUUUACGAAGGGGUGUUAAAAGAUGGGACCCAAAUAGCAGUUAAGCAGUUAGAAGGGAUCGGUCAAGGGAAGAAAGAGUUUCGAGCAGAAGUGAGCAUCAUCGGCGGGAUCCACCACCACCAUUUGGUUCGGCUUAAAGGGUUUUGUGCAGAAGGUGCGCACCGGCUCCUCGUUUACGAGUACAUGGCAAAUGGCUCGUUGGACCGGUGGAUUUUCAAGAAAAAGAAAACCGAGUUCUUGUUGGACUGGGAUACGAGAUAUAACAUUGCGGUCGGUACCGCAAAAGGACUUGCGUACCUUCACGAAGACUGUGACGUGAAGAUCGUUCAUUGCGAUAUCAAGCCGGAAAACGUGCUACUUGACAGGAAUUUCCGAGCAAAAGUUUCGGAUUUCGGUUUGGCAAAGCUGAUGACAAGAGAACAAAGCCAUGUUUUCACAACUUUGAGGGGGACAAGAGGGUACUUAGCACCCGAAUGGAUCACGAACUACGCGAUAUCCGAAAAAAGCGACGUUUACAGCUACGGUAUGGUGCUUCUUGAGAUAAUUGGUGGACGGAAAAACUAUGAUUCCUCGAUGAUCUCCGAGAAAUCUCAUUUUCCAUCUUACGCAUUUAAGAUGAUGGAAGAAGGCAAGAUUCAAGAAAUCAUGGACCAACAAAUGAAAAUAGAUGAGAGUGAUGAACGGGUAACCGUUGCAAUACAGGUGGCUCUUUGGUGCAUACAAGACGAUAUGAACCUACGGCCUCCGAUGACGAAAGUGGUUCAAAUGCUCGAGGGUUUAUGCCCAGUGCCUGCACCACCAAUGGCAUCACAAACGGGUUCUCGGCUCUAUUCAGGCUUGUUCAAGUCGAUUAGUGAAGGCGGCACUUCCUCAGGGCCAUCCGACUGUAACAGCGAUGCGUAUUUAUCUGCUGUUCGUCUCUCGGGACCCCGAUAGCAUAUGUAUAUAUCCGACCGUAUUUGUGAAUUUUUGUAAUAUUAUUAGUAACAAGUUAAAUAUUGAAA